AUGUUUAAACCAAAAAUGAUAGAAAAUGAAAAAGAUUUUAGUUUGUUCUAAAGGGCAUAAGCUACAAGUUGUCACAAUUGCACUUGAUCCAAAUUAUCAAGGAAUUAGAGACUGUUAUGCAAGGAAUGUUUAGAGAAUAUAGAAUUAGAUGCCAAAGUGGUUGGAUUGAGAACAAUAAUUUCUUUAAUUGAAGAAAAUUAGGGAAAAAAGCUGGAAAAAAUAUAAAAUGUAAUAAUGAAUGAAAUAAAUUUAAUUGAAUAAUUACAUGGUAUUGUUGAUUAAAUGAAAUCAUUUGUAAUCCAAUAAUUUACCGAAUUAAUUACUAUAAUAAUGGAGUGGAUUCAGAGUCUUAAAUAAUAAGGAUCAUAAUUUACUCAAUAUAGUUUUUAUGAAGAAUUAGAAAUUAUGAUCUUAAAAUAAAAUAAAGCUGAUGAUAACUUACCAAUAUUAAUUAAUGAAAUUUAGAAAACCAAUCUUUGUUGGAUAACUAAGUUUAAUCCUAAAUUGGAUUACUUUAAUUAAUUGUGAGAAUAUAAUAAAUGUUAAGAAAUAUUGUCAAAUGUAAAUUUAAGUUCCUAGAAUAAUACACAAAAUAAAUAAUAAUAAUAAUUUAGAGGAGGUGAAAUCAAAUUAAAGUUAAUUGACUAAUCUGUUAAAUAAAGUGAGAGAUGUGAUGGUAUAGCUUUUGAUUCUUCUGGGUCAAUUAUGUUAUCAACUUAAUAGGCUGAUAUUAAAGUAUGGAGCUUUCAAAUGGAACAAUUAAAUUAAUAAAAACUUUGUAAGGACAUACCAAAUGGAUUUAAUGUUUAAUUUAUAGUAAGAAAUAGAAUUCUUUUAUUUCAGGUGAUGUGACAAUAAGAUGCUGGAAAUAAUAGGACUCAACUAAAUGGAUUAGUUCAUAACCUUAUGAAGAACAUAAAUUAUUUGUAAAAUGUCUUUUAUUGAAUUCAAAUGAGGAUUUACUAUUUUCUGGAAGUGAUGAUGAAUCAAUUAAAGUAUGGAAGGUUGAUUUUAAUAAAAAUAUAUUGAAAUACAUUUAUUCAUUAAAUAAAUAUGAAGGAUAUGUAUUAGCAUUAAGUUUAAAUUAUUCAGAAACAUAAUUAGUAUCAUGUGCAAAAGGUAAGAAUUAAAUUAUUAUUUGGGAAAGAAAGGAGUAAGAUAAAUAUGAAUUCAAAUAUUUUGUUAAAUAAUCAAUUUAAGAAUAAGGGAAAAAGGUUAGGUUUAUUAAAGAAAAUUAAUUUAUUUGGGUAACUAGUUGCAAAGAAAUAGAUAAAUUUUAUGUAUUUGAAUUGAAAGAAGGAGUCUUUUAAGAAAUUUAGGAAAAGACUAUUGAUUUAGUUACAAAUAAUUAGAUCUUAGAUGAAUGUCGCUUUCCAAUAAUGUAUAAUAAGGACAAGAAUUUAAUAAUAAUCAGACAUAAAACAUACUUUUAUAUCAUUAGAGAAAUGAAUAAUGGGAAUUUCAAAAUAGUUGAUUAAUUUAAUUUUGACUCAUAUUCAAUAUAUGGGAAUAUGACAAAUAAUGGUCAAUAUUUGGUUUAUUGGGAUGAUAAAAAGAAAGGAUAUUCAAUAUAUGAAUUAUCAAAUAAAUGA